AUGGAAGCCGAUGACUCGCAGGGACCAGAGCUCACCGAAACCAUGGGACAGCUCCAGCAGGAGCUGCGGAAAGCCAAGGAUGACCACAAAAUGGCCAUAGGUGCCAUCUCUUCCUUGCAAAGACAGAUGGAGAUCCAAGAAUCUGAGCUUCGGAGAAUCAGAUCUGAAAAGGAAUUGCUCCAGAAGCAGCUCAGAGAGAGAGAAGUCCAGCUCCAAGCUGUGUCUGACAAGUUGUGCAGCCUGACAGAAGAACAGAGGCAGGAAGAAGCGGUGGUGAUGAUGCAGGAGGAGAACCACAACCUUCAAAGGGUUGUUACAGAACAGGAAUUACAGCUGGCUGAGCAGAACAAGCUCAUCAGUGAGUUACAGGGGACAAUCAGCCAGCUGCAGGCUGAGGUUGUGAGCACCCGCCUCCAUCUCCUGACACAGAAACAGGCCCAGAAGGAGACCCAGAGCCAGGUUGAGACACUGCAGCACACAGAGCUGCAAAGCAGAGUGGCACUGGAGCUCAUCAGCAGCAAGGUAAGCGUGGCCUCUUUCACCUCAGUGCCCUGUCUCCCUCUUGGGACACACUUGGGAAUCUCAAUCCAUUUGCUCCCUAGCUGUGGAGCAGGCAGCUCUUGUGCCACUUAA